AGAAAUUAUUAUGCAGAGAAGAAACCCACUAAAAUCUUGUCCAGAGAACACCUCCAUUGCUAAAACUAAGCAAUGUUUUCUAGUCUGAUCGUUUGCUGCAUAUAAUCAAUAGAUAUGACAAUAAAAGGAGAAGAUGCAUUUUGGAUUUUCGCAUUUUUCUGCUUCUGGAACUGUGCGAUAUGCUUGCUUUCGUCUACAGGUGUAAAUUUUGAAGUCCAAGCUUUAAUGGGCAUAAAAGCUGGUUUGAUAGAUCCUCACGGCGUUCUUGAUAAUUGGGAUGGUGUCUCUGUUGAUCCAUGUAGCUGGACUAUGGUUACUUGUUCUGCUGAGAGUCUUGUUAUUGGCCUAGGGACCCCAAGUCAGAAUUUGUCGGGUAUUCUUUCUCCAAGCGUUGGGAAUUUAAAAAAUCUUCAAAUUAUCUUAUUACAGAACAACAACAUAACAGGACCAAUCCCAGCAGAACUUGGAAGACUCUCAAAGCUCCAGACUCUUGAUCUUUCAGAUAACUUCUUCACUGGUAGCAUUCCACCUUCUCUGGGGCACUUGAGAACCCUUCAGUACAUGAGGCUCAACAAUAACAGUCUAUCUGGAGAGAUUCCAAUGUCAUUAGCAAACAUGACGCAGCUUUCUCUCAUGGACUUGUCUUUCAAUAACUUGACGGGCCCUUUACCCAGAUUCCCCUCCAAGACUUUCAAUAUUCUUGGGAACCCUUCAAUAUGCCCUACAGGGUCAGAGCCGCCUUGCCAUGGAAUAACAUUGAUGCCAAUGUCCAUGACAUUGAACAAUUCAGGAAUAGCUGCUAUGCCUUCUGGGAGACGAAAAAGUCACAAUUUUGCACUUGCCCUUAGUUCAAGCAUUGGGUGCAUUGGUUUGCUUCUCCUCGGAUUUGGGCUGUUUCUGUGGGUGAGACGAAGGCAUAAACAGCAGAAAUUUUUUGAUAAACAGCAGAAGUUUUUUGAUAUUAAAGACAAGCAUCAUGAAGAAAUUUCUCUUGGAAAUUUGAGGAGGUUUCAACUUAGGGAACUUCAGAUAGCAACCAACAACUUCAGCAGUAAAAAACUUCUGGGAAAAGGUGGGUUUGGAAAUGUCUACAAGGGGUAUCUUCUAGAUGGGACUGCUGUGGCUGUAAAGAGGUUGAAAGAUGGCAGUGCCACUGGAGGGGAGAGACAAUUUCAGACAGAAGUUGAGAUGAUAAGCCUAGCUGUGCACCGGAACCUUCUUAGGCUAUAUGGAUUCUGUAUGACAGCCACAGAAAAGCUUCUGGUGUACCCGUAUAUGUCUAAUGGAAGUGUUGCUUCUCGACUCAAAGCAAAACCAGUCUUGGACUGGGGCACGAGAAAGCGAAUUGCGUUAGGAGCUGCAAGGGGACUGCUAUAUCUCCAUGAGCAAUGUGAUCCAAAGAUAAUUCAUAGGGAUGUGAAGGCGGCAAAUAUACUGCUUGAUGACUAUUGUGAAGCAGUGGUGGGAGAUUUUGGGUUAGCAAAGCUUUUGGAUCACCAGGAUUCACAUGUUACGACUGCUGUACGGGGCACCGUAGGGCAUAUAGCCCCUGAGUAUCUCUCAACUGGCCAGUCUUCUGAGAAAACAGAUGUUUUUGGAUUUGGGGUCCUACUACUUGAACUGAUCACGGGUCAAAGAGCUCUUGAAUUUGGCAAAGCAGCUAAUCAGAAAGGAGCAAUGCUUGAUUGGGUGAAGAAAUUUCACCAAGAGAAGAGACUCGAAUUGCUGGUGGAUAAAGAUUUAAAAAACGAGUGCGAUAUGAUCGAGCUAGAGGAAAUGGUUCAAGUGGCUCUCUUGUGCACUCAAUAUAUUCCAAACUAUAGACCAAGGAUGUCGGAAGUUGUUCGAAUGCUUGAAGGUGAUGGACUUGUUGAAAAAUGGGAAGCAUCUCAGAGAGUACGGACGAGCAAGGAUAAAACACAGGAGCUCGUCUUAUCAGAACGAUAUUCAGACCUCACAAACGACUCUUCAUUACUCGUACAAGCCAUAGAGCUCUCUGGUCCAAGUGGUAUCAGAGCUUCUUGGAAUAUUGAGGACGCCUGAUUCUUGAAGGAACCAGAUUCUAGAAACCUGCUCCAAACUGCAGUGAGCACUGACUGCAGGAAUCUGAGUUCUUCGAACUCAUUUGAUGAGGUCUUUCCUAUAUUACUCUGCUGGUACACCGAGCAUAUGAAACUAUAAAUGCUAGUUAAGCUCAUGGCUACACUAUAUGCCUUAAAAUUAUGGAAGCAAGGUGGAGAUUGUUGGGAGUCGAACUGCUGAUCACUUUGAUUUAAAUUGUGUUUCUACAAUUUUAACUAAAAGCGUGUUUUGUAAAGUGACACUUUACUAAUGGAAGGAGUCAACUGGAUUGUGACACAUGCUGAUCUCUUGGCCGUUGGAUCUGAUUCUAGAUCAUUCUAUAUAUUUAACCCUAAAUGGUUUGGGUGGCUGUUAGUUUUUCAUUUUUACUCCAUUCGGCUUCUCGAGUUCGAGGGUUUUUUUGAGUCGCCUCUCUUUCUCUCUCGAUGAAUCUCUCAUUUUGGCUCUAUUCUUGAAUGAUUUUCAAAACUCUUUCUUGAGUUAAUCCAGAAUAUGUUAUAGAUCUCUAAGCUACUGAACUGCCGUGUUGAGUUUAUGGAAACCUGAGUGGUUUCAUGUGAUGUGCAGUCGGGUUUGAUGAAAUCUUGGUGAUUUCUUGUGUUUCAUGUGUGGAAUAGCUUACAUAUUGUAUAAUGACUUGUGAAGUCAUGUGAUUCUUGGAUGGCAGUACCUGCGACUUAAGUGUCUGAGUGAUCUGUUCGUGGUUUCUUCAUGAACUGUGGUCUGCCUUGGUGAAUCUUUAUGAGAUAAGUCUUUGUGACUUGUAUAUUGUAAUAUUCUGGAAACAUUGUAUACUUACUGCCUGAUUUUGGGGGCCUUAUAGUGCAACCGAGCUGAAUCCAUUGAUAGUGGGUGCUCAACAGGGGAUUAGGCACUUGUGCUGAACCUCUGGGGCUUCGGCCAAAAAAAUCACCGUGUUCAUUAUUUUUGCACUU